AUGUUCCUCAAGGUUCAUGAACUUGCUUUUCUCUUUGGUCUCAUGGGUAACAUUGUGUCUUUCGGGGUGUUCUUGUCACCAGUGCCAACAUUUUAUGGGAUAUACAAGAAGAAAACGUCGAAAGGGUUCCAGUCGAUACCGUAUAUAUGUGCACUUGCAAGUGCAACUCUUCUCCUCUAUUACGGAAUAAUGAAGACACAUGCUUAUCUCAUUAUUAGCAUUAACACCUUUGGAUGUUUCAUCGAAAUCUCCUACUUGUUUCUCUAUAUCCUUUACGCACCAAGAGAGGCCAAGAUAUUCACGUUGAAGUUGAUAGUAAUAUGCAACAUUGGUGGACUUGGUCUCUUGAUUCUUCUCGUGAAUCUUUUGGUUCCAAAACCACAUCGUGUUUCAACCGUUGGAUGGGUUUGUGCUGCUUACAGUCUCGCCGUCUUUGCUUCUCCCUUAAGUGUCAUGAGGAAGGUUAUAAAGACAAAGAGUGUAGAAUACAUGCCGUUUUUGCUCUCCUUAUCUCUCACUCUUAACGCCGUCAUGUGGUUCUUUUAUGGACUUCUUAUCAAGGACAAGUUUAUCGCGAUGCCAAACAUUCUCGGUUUUAUGUUCGGUAUAGCUCAGAUGAUACUAUACAUGAUGUAUCAAGAUUCGAAGAAAACGGAUUUGCCAAAUGUUGCAUCUAUCGAGAACGAACCAACAAGUAAAACCGAAGUCCCGAUCGUGGCUAUUGAAUUGCCUGAUGCUAGAUCAAACUAUGUUGAAGGACCGGUGAGAACCACGACGAUUCCAAAUUCAAGCACGGCUUGA